AUGGAUAUUAUUAUGACACACGAUAAAGCCGUUUGUACCGAAGUGCCAAUAAAAACCAGAAAACCCAAUUACGAAAAUGAUUUGAUGGAACGUUUGAAAAAAUCUGCAUCCACAUCAAUGGAGAAGAAAAAAUCCGAAAGUAAAAAAUUAAAAAAGAAACUAAUACAAAUAGAAGAACAAAAUGAGUCUUUAUCGAAAAUGAUCUAUGAAAAGAAUACGGAAAUUGUUGAAUUACGAAAAUCGGUAAACUCUUUGAAUGAAGUUCUCAAUUCUGUGCCACUCGAUGAGUUGCGUUGUAAUUCAUCUAUUGCCAGUAGUAAAUUGUUGGAAUUAAAUAAGAAAAAUCGCCAAUUGAGAGCAGAAUUGGAAACGACAAAAAAUCAUUUAAAUCGGAAGGAUGUGCAAAUACAAAGACUUGAAAAGAAUUUGAAAUUAGCCGAAGAAAAACAUCAGCAUGAUAAAGAAUGUUCAAAAAAGGGGUCCACACCUCUGGACGAACUCCAAGCUAAACUCAGUUCCAUGCAGCAGAAACUCUUUGAAACUCGCAACAAAAAUGUUGAACUUAGUAAUCAACUUAAAUUGGCGCAGAAAUGCUUACAACAGGAAAUUGGCGAACAUUACAAUUUAAACACUUUGGCGGCACAUGCCACAAAUUCCAAUUGGCGUGGCAGGGCACAACAAAUUUUACAUUUGCAACAAAAAGUGCAAGAGCUUAAGCAACGUCUUGAACAGCAGGAAGAAGAAAACUAUGAUUGCCACCCACCCGGUGAUGUUUCGGAACAAUUUUUAACCUCAAUUAGCGGCAGUAUUCUCUCUAUGGAUCGUCCUAAUGUUCGUAAAACUGAGUUGCAACAUCGUGCUAAAGUGGAAAAUCUAGAAAAAGAAAUCGCCGCACUAAAAUCACAACUCGAUGAGGCGCAAAAUAAAAUUCUAGCCCUUAAAGUGCGCAAUAAAACACUUAACGAUGAAAUUUCGAAGCAUAAAAUGAAAACAAAUAAUUUGGAGGAGCAGAGCGAUUUCAAUAGCAUAAAUCUGGCUACAAUGAAUGAUAAAUUGAAUCAACAAAAAUUACAAUAUGAAAAGAAAAUUGCCGAUAUGGCGGACAAUUCGAAAAAGUUGGCAAACGAAAAUGAUGACUUGAAAUUGAAUAACGAUCACUUGCAAACAAAAAUGGAAGAAUUAGAACAACUCAUUGUGAAUAAAGAGGAUCAGAUAAUGCAGCUGCAAGAAGUCAUUAAGAAAUUGGAAGCUGAUUUAAAGGCUAUUUGUGGAGGAUUUUUAUUUUCUUGUCGGGAAUUGAGGAAGGAAGAAUUCAUAACGAUUUUGGAUACAUUGGAAGCCGAAAAGAAUUCCCUAAUGGAACACAAUAAACGACUCAAUGAACGCGUCGAAGGGGAACGUUUAAAAAAUGAACAUCUACACGAUCAGAAUGCAAAACAAAAGAUACGCAUCUCACGUCUAGAAUCGAAAAUUCGUGAAAUGGAACGUGAAAUCGAUACGAAUAAUGAGAAAAAGAAACGUUCACAGCGUAUUGCCGAAUAUGCAUCUAGUUUAUCGGCCAUGGGUAGUAACACAUCAUUGAUGUCAUUUACAUUUGAAAAUAGUUCAAUACUGAAUGCACCAAAUUGUAAUAAUUCUGAUAAUGGUGGUGGUGAUAUGGGCGAAGUGGCAAAUGUAACCGAGUUAAGAAACCGUUUGGAAUUGGCCAGUGAAAAAAUCACAAUAUUGCGUGAAAAACUUGACCACAUAUCUGCUGAGAAGGAUAACGAUCUCAAGACCUUUGAGCAUAUUAUAAACAAUACCAAAAAUAUUAUAAUUGAAACGUUGUUGGCACAGCGAGCAAGUCUAUCAAGUUUGGAUAUUAAGUGA